AUGCUUUCUUCUAAUAUUCUGGUUGGCGCUUUGGCGUUCAUCGUUGCGGGUGUCAACGCAGGCCCAUGCCGCCCAACAACUUCAGCGGGUACCACACUGGACAUCACCUCUGCCGCUACCGCUACCACCGUCGUUAUCGAGAGCACUGCCACCUCUGAGGUCGCCUCAACCACUAUCGAGAGCUCUACCGUUGAAACUUCACUCACUUCACUCUUGAUCGAGACCGACACUGUCACAACCGUUGCUACUUCAGCUAUCGAGUCCACUACCACCUUGGCCGCGACCACCACAACCAGCGUUCCAGAUCUCGGGACUUCCUGCAGUACCGACGAUGAUUGUACAAUCGACGUUUCGUGCUUGGACGGGCUCCUCAAUAUUUGCCUUUGCAUCGAUGCCGUGUGCGCCAUCAUUGUCGAGUAG